AUGUCAGAUAUAAAAAAAGUUGAUGUUUUAGUCAGUGGAGCAGGUCCUACUGGACUUUUUAUUACUUACCUCUUGGCACGUCAAGGUCACUCUGUCUACUGCCUUGAUCCAAAGCCUGGACCAACAGAUCAAAGUCGAGCCAUUCUUCUCACGUCUCGUACAAUGGAAAUUCUGGAAUCCAAGGGUUUGGCUGGUGAGUUCCUUGCUGAAGGAUUCGUCUCGAGCGGUAUUCGAAUGUAUCGUAAAGGCACUGUGUUUGGACAUGUUGAUGCUUUAGGUGAUACACCUUUCCCACAUAUGACUAUUGUCAUGCAGAGUAAAACCGAGGAAAUCUUGACCAGACAUAUCAAGGAUGAGACAGAUUGUACAGUUCACUGGUCAACUGAAUUCGUAUCCUAUACGCAAGAUGAUGAAAAGGUCGUCUCAGUCGUACUAGACAAGACAACAGGUCAAGAGCAUAAGAUCGAGUCACGCUUUAUUGUCGGAGCAGACGGUAGUCAUUCAAGAGUCAGAAAGGGAAACCCAGAGUUCACUUAUGAAGGCAUCGCGGUUACAACCAAGUUUUUCUUGGCCGAUCUGUCUAUUCAUGGUGAGAAUAUUGAAAACAUGAUGGAUAGGAUGAAUACAUUUAUGUUUGAAUCGCACGUCAUGGGCAUGAUACGCAUUUAUUCUCGUAGAGAAGGAAAAGACGACAGCCAUGUGUUUCGUAUCUUUGGCAAUGUCGAAGCCUAUAACCGAAGCGAAGAAGAGACCACUAGACCUACCCAUGGAUUACAAAAGGAGGAACCGCCCAAGCUGGAGGAGAUCCAAGCCUUUGUUGAUAGAGUCACUGCUCCCCUCAAAUUCACACUCAGUGAUUUGAUCUGGUCAUCUUACUUUAGGAUUAACGAGAGAAUUACCAACAAGUACAGAAUCAAAAGAGCAUUCUUAAUUGGAGAUGCUGCUCACUGUCACUCUCCUGCGGGUGGUCAAGGCAUGAACUUGGGUUUACAAGAUGCUGAUAAUCUUGCAUGGAAGCUGUCCCUUGUGCUAAAUGGCCAAGCUGCUGAUCCUGAAACCUUGCUGGACUCUUACCACAUUGAAAGAGAACCACAUGCAGCUUCAACAAUCAAGGUUACAAGCAGAGCCACACAGGCAGGUAUUACUGAGGGAUUCUUGGCCAGAAAUAUUCGUGAAACAGCCAUGUCUACCAUGAUGAUGAUCCCUCAAGUUCGAGAAUACGCGUUCAAGAACGUGAUGCAACUAUUUGUAACCGUUGAUGGUGGUUCGAAACUCUUGGGCACCUCUGAUAAGGGACUGAUCAAGGCUGGUCACUUCUUACCAGAUUCGGAGGGACUUCGCCAACGUACACUCGAGAAACGAACAAGUUUGAUACGCCGUUUGAACUUGCACGAAAUACUGAUCGGAACGACUCAAUAUACCGCCAUCUUGGUCGCCACAUGCCCUUCGCAAGCUAAACCAAGACUUGAUCUCUUGGAGAAAUUCUGGAUUCACGCUCGUCCUUAUCCUGUUAAGCGAAUCAUUGUCGAAUCGUCAUGGCAUACUCAUUUUAACCAAUACCCACUUUUUGUCCUUCCCCAAGAAGAGCAAGACGCACAGACCUCAUUUUAUUCUGAGGAACGCAUGGACUCUCCUUACUCAGUUACUAGCCGUGUUGGGUUGCUACCUCUUUUCCCCAAGUACUUUGAUGGACCAUCGCCUUGUGUGCUUAUGAUUGUACGUCCUGAUCUUUAUGUGGCACAAUCCAAGACUGUAUAUAAUGAAAAUGACAUUGUUUCUGCACUUGAAUACUUCAAGGCACAUCUUCUUUCUAAGCCUAAUUAA